UUACUUUAACGGGAAGGAGGCACCAGAAAGAGAAGGGAGGGAUAGAUCAAUGAAAGUUCAGUCUGUGAAAAUUGGGGGUUUGCGCUUGUUUGUACGUGUGUGUGGUGUGUCUGGUAUGUGUGUGUCGGGUCUUUCUUGCCUCUGGCAUUGAAAGGUCCUGGUGUAGGUUACAGAUUGUGAAAUUUGGCUCACACGUGUGCCGCGAGUAAAAAUGUUCAAAGGUUGCUGACUGCUCAGCAUGACUUGGCCAGACAGGACCAGGGAGAUUGUAGUCCCAGCCAGGGAAGGAACUUUCACCUACACCGCAAGUUCACCUGUGACGGACGCCACCCCGUACGAGGUGAGGCGAGCCCAAGAGCUGAACACACUACUUGGGCCCAAGGGCAACGUGGGGGCCAUGGACCUGGUGUGUGACCUCCACAACACCACAGCCAACAUGGGCCUCAGCCUCAUCUCCUACUCUGUCCAAGACUGGGUCAUCAUGCACAUCUAUAGACAAGUCCAGGUGACCACAGCGAUAGAGGUGGGACCUCAACCCCAUGGUGUGGUCAGAGCCGACAUCUUCAACAUCAUGAAAGAGGCGGUCGACCAGACACUAGAUUGGGUCCAGUGCUUCAACUCAGGAAGUGCCUUUGAAGGUGGCGAGGUGGACGAUGUGUACACCUUUGUGAAGAGUGUAUACUACCCAAGAGACCCAGAGACCAAUCAAAUCACUGCUGCCAUACAUCCCCAAGUACAGGACCGUGACUUCUGCCUCCUCCAUCCGGGAGAUCCCAUGUUCCUGAUGUUUUCUGGGGAGAUCGUUAAGUACGAAGGGGAAGAAGUCCUCCAUCCCUUCUUUGUGAACGAGUGCGCAUACUAUGAGAAGAGUAUUGCCUUCCACCUGGCACGAAAGAUGACAGUCACUAUACCACCCUUGCAAGUGAAGAGAGAUUGAUGAAGGGAGAGGGGGAGGAAAAGAGAGAAUUUAAAUAGUGGGAUAAUUAAAAUGAAAACACACACUGAACCUUAAGAAGCACUAACUAGUCUAACCUCAUUUUUCAAUUGAUUUUGAAUUCCAUUGUUUUUUUUAUCAUCACCAAAUAACCUCAGGCAUACCUGUAUGUGAAAUUAUGCAGUUCAAUGCAAUAAUCUAGUAUGUCAAUUAAACAUUUACAUUUUUUGUUUAA